GUUCUAAUUAACUUAUUAAAGUUAAAUAAAUUCAAAAUGGCCGCCAGUAAAGAGCCUGAUGUAUUCUUCACUGCAAAUCAUUCCUGGGGAGUUGCUAGUGCUAGACACGUCUCAGGCCUACCAGUAAAUGAAAUUCCUUUCACUUUUGAUGCUCCACUCGGUCCUUCAGUGGUUAGGUGGGACCUCAGUAAUGGAGAGAGAGUCAGAAGCAGACAGAUUCACUCUGACCUCAUCGUCUGCAUGAGAUACUCUCCUAAUGAUGAGUACAUAGCAACUGCUAGCACUGGAGGAGAGGUCAAAGUAUGGAGUCGUAGCUCUUGGGAUCUCAUAGCAGAAACCAUUGCUCCUAUCGACUCCUUGUUUCAUUUGAGUUGGUCUCCUUCGAGUGAUUGCAUUUUAAUUAUUGGUAAUGGAAGGAACUCUUCAGCUCUUUUAUACAAACUGGAAAAUGGGAAAAUGGAAGAAGAUGGCGACCAAAAAGUCUACAAAGAAAGACUGAAUCUAUUGUGGAGUACAAGGGCUGGCCUUUCGAAAACAAGAGAAUCAACUAUUGAGUCACAUGACCAGAGGAGCAAGUCACCUGAGCAAUCGACUGGCAAGGACUACUCGUAUAAAGAUGCUUUUUACAUGGGAGAAGUGAACCCAUCGAACAAUGUAUUCAUUGUUGAGGAGAGGGAGGAGUCUUGUACUCAGUUGCACCUGUUGGACGGGGGUACUGGGCUACCGAUAAAGACCACACCCCUCUCUUCAUUGUCCGGUACAAGGGAGGCCCACACUUUGAUGAUGUCAUCAUUACAUGAUGGACUGUACGCUUUGAUGGUUGAGGGUGGGUAUGUUGUCAUGGUAACAGCGGAGGAGCUUGAAAUCGUUAACAUAUACAACAUUGGUUUCUCAUCAAGGACUUGUGCAUGGGAUAAAGACCUUUUGUUGUUACCUUCAGAUUCCGGAAAACUGACCUGGAUUAAUGUACAAAAUGGUUCACCAGUGCAGGAGAUUAGAGUUGGUUCCAGUGAUUAUAUCGUUCAUGUCAGUUUGUCUUCAACUUCUGGUCUUUGGUUGUGCGGGUUUAGCCGACUUUUAUACUGUACAAUGGAGAGGAAUGAUAACGGUGUUCCUACUAAAGUAGCAGCUACUCAUCAAGUCUCAACUCAUGAAAUAAGUUGCUGUGGUGUCUCAUUCUCUCCUCUCUCCUCUCUCCUCUCAGUUGGUGAUCUGGCGGGCAAUGUCUACCUUUACAGCUGCUCCGAGGACAUAUACAUACCACUGGAGAUGUGGAACGUUGGUGGUUCUGUGAGAUGUUUGUGUUGGUUAGAUAAUGAUUGCGUUCUUGUUGGUAGUCUUGAUGGCUCCAUCCACUUAUGGAGGAUCGGAGGAGACAUCAAACCAUUCUUGUCAAUGGAAGGUGGAAUAAUUCACAUCAGAUGUAGCAGUGAUGGAAAGUAUUUUGCUGUUGGUACUUCCUCUGGUAAAGUGGGUGUCUAUCUUUACAAUAAAGAGGGUGGGGUCACUCCACCCACUCCUUGUCCUGUGAGUGUAUUCAUGGCCCAUUACCCUCGGCCUGAUGUCAAGGACAGUCGAUUUGGUCAGCUAGGACAUCAAGCUGAAGUUUGGAGCCUUUGUUGGGACCCUACUGAUAGAUACCUAGCGACUUGCUCUGAAGACCAAACUGUACGGAUAUGGAAGGCGGAGUCUUGGAUAGGCGUGGCUACUCUUAAAGGACACACUCUUGCUGUUACUAGUGUUGAUUGGGCUGAUGUUAAUGGGCGGAGCUUGCUAGCAUCUUGUUCAGAUGACAGAACUAUUAGACUGUACCAGUUUCUGUUGGAGGGUGAAUCAUUUGAUUUGUUAUUUACAAUGAAUACUAAGAGUAUCUAUGGGUGGCACACACUAACUUAUCUAACUUUUAAACUGCAACCGGACAAAUCUAGUGCCCUCCUGGUAGUUACCACACAGCAUGGAUACAUUGUGCUAUUCAAUAUUAUCAAUGGAUCAAUGGUAUCGUCUCAUAAAAUGCACUGUGGAUCUAUUGAGGGGUGUGUCACUGAUAGGGGGUGUGGUCAGUUUGCUACAGUGGGUGGAGACUGUGCAGCAUAUCUGUGGAGCUUAAAUAUUUAAUUAGCAAAACACAUAAUAAAUAUAUUUAAUGAGAACAAUAUAUAGAUCAAUAUUGUAUUACUAUGAAAAGGUUUUUAAUGAUA